UCUCGACGAGAAAAGAUCGUCUGUCGUGAUGGCACCGCUGCGAUAAAAGUUCGCGUUAUACUUUUUCCCAAGCGCGACAAUGAAAUGGUCUGUCUCGUGACGUAAGCAUAUCUUCGCUAUUUGUGGAAAAGGAUAUCAAACAACGAAAAAAUUUACAAAGUGACGCAAGUGAAUGAAGGGGUGUUUGUGUGUUGUGAGAGUGUGACUUCGAGGACCAAUCGAGGAUCAAUCGCAAUGAGGCUACGCCUCGCGAUUCUCCUCGCUUUGCUAGCUGGAUGCUGCCAAGCAGCACCCACCUCAUCGCCAUCGGCUGACCAGUGUGACUGGACUGGCAGUGGUGGCGGUGGCAAAGGUGUACGACCAGUUUACCUACGUUGCUCGCGAGGAACAGUGUCCUGGCGUUAUCCUCGCGGAGCACUACGAGUCGUCCUCUCAGGUGGCGAAAAUUCACGGAGUUUUCGUGGCUGUGUAAAAGCUUCCGGCCCAGCACGGGUUUACUUGGAAGGCAAAACGAGCCUGCGACUAUUGUACUCAGCGAACGACGGUAAACACGAAGCAUUGCAUCGAUGCUUCCGAUCGAGAGGACCAAUCGCUGCACUCUAUGUGGAAGCUGACGAACAACCAGCUAAUAGUAAAUUGAAAGUUCGAUUGCACUACGAUCUUGAACUGCAACAGCUGAAAGCUGAAGAAGAAUCCGCAUGUCGUCCUUGCAGUAAGGAUGAAUUGGCUGAAGCUUACUGUAGGAGUGACCUCGUGGCUAGGGGUACGGUUAGUGCUGUGGAAAGGAGACCGGAACUUGAGAGUGCAGAACUUGUGCUUAGGGUCACCAAAACCCUUAGGCGCGUCGAUGAGAAUGAGGAAAACGAAUUGGACUCUAGCGAACCUCGAGCGACAAAGGAGGUACGAAUUAGAGUGCCAACGACGUGUGAUGCUCAUCACGGCCAAGGUGAAUUUGUGAUAAUGGCUAAGAAACGAUUGGGAGAUUUGACGCUGUCGUGUGCUCCGAGACUAGAUGAAUGGGCACAAGCUGUUAGAGAAUUGGAAAGUGCACCUUGUGUACUUAAAAGUUAGCAGCCCGAAUUAUAAACGUCGACGAGUUUCAUUAACAAAAUUUUUUUGUUCUUUGUCAGAGAUAUUGAAGUAGAUCUUUAUCGACUCCAAUUAAUUUAUAUAUACAUAUAUGUAUUACGAAUUAUUUUUUUUUAUAGUUGUGCAUGUUUUUUUUUGUUAUACAAUUUCUUGAUUCACUUGUCAAUAGUUGCCAUUUUUUUUUACUUCAUGCUUCGUUUAGAAAAAACGGAGAUGAUUUUGGAUUUUUUAUAAUUGCAAUUUUAUUUUGAUCGAGUAAAUUAAUUGGAGUGAAUUAAAUAUGUGUGUAAUGGAUAUUAAAAAAUAGUAGUAGAUUAAGUAACAUUGUUUUUAUUUUAUUUUCUGCUCGGAAAAUGUGAAUCUUCUAUGUUUUUGUUUUUGUAAAUGUAACAAUUUUAGAUCAGCUUAAAACGUUAGGAUACUUCGUCGUGUUUUUUUUUUCCAAUUUAACGAAAGUGACUAUACUACUAAAACUUGCGUGUAAAUAGUUGUAAAGCAGCCUUGUAUAUAAAUGGAUGUACUUCGAAAAUAAGACAUCGAUCUCUAAGCUGUGAUAUUAUUGUAUUAUGAGAGAUUUUAACACAGAAAUUAAAAAUUGAUUAUCGUUUAUGAAUGAAAUAUAUGCGAUCAAUAUCAUCGUGUUGUUUAGAUUUUAAUUGAUGGAUCUUUGUUGAUUCAUUGGGAUGUGAUGAAAG